AUGCGGCUCAGAAAACAUGUCCCGGUCAUCGAGUCGACAUUGAAGCGCGUCGCUCUGCGUCCGGCCGCCUCUUCGCUAUGCAGUCGCUGCCGCCGAUACGCCUCGUCGCAAGCAUAUCCUGAGAAAGUGGCUGUGCUUGGCGGUGGCAUAUCAGGGCUCGCCAGCGCGUAUUUUGUGGCCAAGGAAUUUCCAAAGAGCAAAAUCACAAUCUAUGAGGCAAACAACCACAGUGGAGGCUGGAUCCAGUCGAGGCGUGUCCAGACUCCCACCGGCGAUGUGUUGUUUGAAUACGGGGCGCGGACGCUGAGGCCGGGGAGUAACGCUCUGAUCACGGCGCAAUUGAUUCAAGAUCUAGGUCUCACAGACAAUGUUAUCUUCGCUAAGAAGGGUUCGACCGGUGCAAAGAACCGCUACAUAUACUAUCCCGACCGACUCCAACGCCUUCCUUCCCCAGGCGAACCACCCGACUUCUGGCACAUUGCGGAACUGUGGCGAUCAGGUCUCCUUGCCGGUGCGCCGUCUGCACUUCUUCUUGAGCCGUUUCGUCCGAAGCGACCUGAUUCUUUAAAGGAUGAAUCAAUUGGUGCUUUCAUAGAGCGCCGCAUGGACAAGCGCGUGGGCAACAACAUGGCUUCUGCCGUAAUGCACGGCAUCUAUGCUGGAGAUAUCUGGAAGCUCAGUGCUCGGACGCUGCUGUCGCAAGCAUGGAUGCUGGAGGGUCUGGCAGGCAGCAUAUUUAGGGGCAUGCUCAAGAUUCAAUCGGAGACUCCGUUGGAGGAGAAGGUGAUGCUCUUCCAUCCCUACGAUUUGGAUGUGUACAAGGCUGUGCGGGAAGAAGUCAAGCUGGACGAAACUUUCCAGAGGCAUCUUAACGGGUGUGCCAUGUUCACUUUUGAGGAUGGCAUGGCUGAGCUGGUGAUGGCAUUAAAGAAGAAUCUCGAAAACAGUGGGCAAGUAGACUUCAAAUUCGGUAGCUGGGUUCAAGAUACCAAGCUCGUCCGGGACGAGAGUCGGCAAUACGUCGAUGUUACCACCGGACCCACAAAAUCACCCUCUACCGAAAGAUACGACCUUGUAGUCUCCACUCUUCGCAACAAACACCUUACACCUUUUGUCACUGUGCAGACAGUGAACCUCUACUUCCCAAAUACCAACCUCAUUCCCCAAAAGGGCUUCGGCUAUCUAAUUCCCCAGUCAGUCGCCUUUGAGGAGAACCCUGAACGUGCUCUGGGUGUUAUCUUCGAUUCGGACGCUAUCCAAGGCCAGGACACUGCCGAAGGUACCAAGCUCACCGUCAUGCUCGGUGGCCAUUACUGGGAUGGCUGGGAACACUAUCCCUCGGACGAUGAAGCGUAUGGCCUAGCUAUGUCGCUCCUACGUCGCCAUCUAAAGAUCAAAGAGGAACCUACACACUACCACGUCAACCUCAGCAAGGACUGCAUUCCACAGUAUACGGUGGGAUAUGAGGAACGACUAAAGUCUUAUGCGGCCCAAGUUACGGACGCAUACAAGGGGAAAUUGCGGGUGGUAGGAAGUCAAACGCACGGCGUGGGUGUCAACGACUGUAUAAGAGGAGCAUGGGAUAUGGCAAGGCGGUUAAGGGGUGCAGGAUGGAAGAAGAUCGAAUCAGGGUUGGAAAGGGCGACGGAUGACAGGUAUGAUGGCGCUUGGGUCAGUGCACCUUCCGACCAGGGACCACCAAAAAUUAAGCAGUAG